AUGGAAUGGGACUCCGCGAGCAAGAUCGCGACCAACCUGCUAUCGGCCAAUCCGGUCGCCAUCGUGGUGACCUGUCUCGUCGCAUUCCUGCUGCCAGUGUGUCUGCAUUUCCUCCUCUACCGCGCAGCUCCCACCAGCAAGUCCGAUGAGUUCCUCCUGCUGGGCGCCAGUGGAUCAGGAAAGACAGCACUCUGUGCUCUGCUAGAGAAAAGUCCAGCUUCCACAGAGUCACGGCCAACGCAUACAUCCCAGGUCCCCUCGACCGUCUCCGUGGCCCUUCAUCCCGCUGUCCGAACGAGCUCAGACAAAUACCGCUCAGUCAACGACCCGACAGUGGCCCAGUCAGCCAAACAUCGAGUCGUCUUUGGCCUCAGAGACACCCCGGGACACGGCAAACUGCGUGACCUCGACGGUAUCGCCCAGCUGCUGGAUCCGGCAAAGCAGAAACAGGCCAAGAGCAGGGUUCGAGGGGUGAUAUUCAUGAUAGACGCUGCCACCUUGUUGGACGCCGGCCAGCUAGCUGAUAUUGCAAGAUACGUCUACGAUGUCCUGAUCAUACUACACCACAGGACAUCGUCGACCCGAACUCGCAGAACGCCCGUCCUCGUGAUAGCCAACAAGCAGGAUCUGUUCGCUGCAAUCCCGCCGAAGAUGGUAAAGGAUAAGCUGGAGGCCGAGAUUGAAGCAGUGCGCGAGACGAGACGGAAGGGCGUUGUAAACCCUGAUGCCGACGAGGAGGACGAGACCGACGCGCUGGGAGAGCAGCCGUUUACUUUCCAGCUUCUAGAGGACGAAGCGGGCGUCAAGGUCGAUUUCGUGGGCGGGAGCGUGAGGGAUGACGAUAGAGAUGAUGCGACGGCUGGUGUUCGGGCCUGGGAAGAGUGGAUGGGACGAUGUCUAUGA